UAGGGAUUCUCUUACAUAUAUAAAUAAAUUCACUCGCGAGCUUUUGCUCAGUCGCAGAGACAACCUCGAACCAUCAACGUAAUACUCCGGGGUUCAGGCACAGUAACCCGCAAAGUACGGGCCGCCAUGGUUUCCAAGGCGGCGGCGGUGUCCCUUGAGGAUCCGCCCACAGGAGGUGAAGGAGGCGCCCUCCAGGAGCAGCUGACGCAAGAAGUGUUCGAGCGAGCGGCCGCCCAAGCCACGAUGGAGUUCGCCUCCCUGCAAGCCCAACUGGAGGGCCUCAAGCCAGCGUGGUUGGAGAACCUCCGGGCCGAGCAUGAUUAUGCGGCCGAGAGUCAGUUGGAAGCGAUGCUGGCCCUCAAGAUGCAAGAGGUGGGGAGCGCCAUCCCACUGCGGCGAACGGCUGAGCGCAAGUUCAGAGAUGAACUGGAUCUGGUGGACCAGUCACUGGAGGAUGUGGCGGACAUCGUUCGGGCGUUGCAGGCCAAAGAGGCCGAGGAUCCAUCGGGUCAGGUUGACCUACGUCAAGCCACCGCGCUAGCUCACACGCUCGAGUCCACACGUCUCCCCGACCUCGAAGCCGCGUAUCGCGAGGCCAACGAGGCCUGGUUCAAACCCGGCAAGGAUCCGAUCGUCGCCCUAUUUGUGGGAGUGACUCGGAAGAUUGCGCGGUGGGCGGCCGAGCUGGAGGUUGAGGAGACCCGGAGAGCGCCGGAUGAACGGCCCGACGGCCAAAUGGAGAGGGAACCCGCCCAGCCCAUGGCCAUGUGCGAUUCUCAAACGCUCAUUCGAUUUGACGCCAAGAAGCUCGUCAGUAAGUUCCACGGUGAUCUGAGGGAGCCAGGCGUGCUUCAGAAGUUCUCCAACUGGAAAAGCUCAUGGGUUAAUCUCGUUCAGGAAAUGGAAUCCUUCCGCGGCUUCAACAAGGUCAUCCUUUUUCAAAAAUUGAAGGACUGCCUCGAUGGUCCAGCUUUGGAUUUGGUCUCCAAGUACUCGUGUGAGUCCGUCAACUCGUACGAGGCUGCAAUGAAGGAUCUCCUAUUCAAAUUCGAAGACCCCAUUGAACUCGCGGGAUCGUAUUUAUCGGAAGCGCUCGCACCUCGAGACUCUCUCCCGGAACAGUGCGAGGCUAUGCGGCAUGCGUUCAACGCCUUGCACAAUAUGGAAGACGUGUUCGAAAGGGAGGGAGUUAAGAUGUAUGAUUUUGCGAUCAUUCAGAACUUGUCAUCGGCCCUUUCUGUGGAAGGCCAAGGGAAAUGGAAGAGUUACAAGGCCAAGAAACGUCAUGAGUACCGAUUAAGAGGGGAAGAAGCAUUGAGAGCGGGCGAAACAAUACCCGACUGGAAGGAAGGGAUGGUUCAGAAUUAUGAACAAUUCAACGCGUGGCUACAGAUCCAAGCGAUCUUGGUGGAGCCACCAUCAUCCGCUCUCGGCCAGUCGCAACUGGAACCCGUGGCCACGGCCGCAAACUUUGCAAUCUCGGGGCAGCCUCAGCAGGACAAGUCUGGUACCGCUCGGUGCCCCAUUGACGACGGAAAUCAUCGUAUUCACCGCUGUCCCAAAGGGCUAGCCAUGUCUCAGACGGAAUGGUUCCAGGCCUGCCGUAAGGUUGGGAUUUGUGCCCGAUGCGUUAAGCCUUUUGCUUCAGGCCACCGGUGCCAGGGAGCCUGUUCCUUCUGCCAGGACAAUACGGGGCAAGCGGCACACUUCAGCGUUAUGUGCCCGCUCAAUAAAUUUCGAACCGCCCCCUUGAGGCCAGGAAGGCCUAAGUUUGGGCCCACCUCGGCCAACCGAGGUAGAGACAGAUUGAAGCGUUCCCGGUUUCCCCCCACCAAGUGACGCCUCCAUGCCCAAGUGGGCCAAGAGCGUGGAGGACAAACUGAACAAGCUUUCCGACCACCUGGAGAAAGAAGGCAAGACUAUGCCAGUCAAAGACCUCCCUAGUAAAAGGAAAUAGAACGAUUUAUCUGAAAACGAAAAGAGCUGUGAUAUGCGGAAUCAUAAUAAAUCUAGUUCUGUGUUA